AUGAUGAUGAUGAUGCGCCGUGUGAUGUGUGUGUUGGCCGUUGUGCUGUGCUGCGCCUGCGGGUAUACCAUGACGGCUGCUGCUACUGUUAAUGCUGGACAACCAAAGGCGGUGAUGGCUAAUACUGGUACGGAUUGGGAUCAUUUUCUUGACUGGACAAGCCACAUGUAUAAAGAGUGUAUGAAGAACAGCUCUCUUACGUUUGAGGGAAAAAAUUGUACGGAGUUGGGAUUCAUAAACAAGACUGCUCAUCCAUCAACUGAGGUUAAGAGUCCCGAGGGAGCAGGCGCCAAUCUAAGUCCUGAAGUAUCUGCUAAUGGAAGUCAGGAGGAGCGUAUUGUUGUUCUCUUCGAACCAAUUACGAAAGCUAUUUACGACGAGUUCUGUAGGAAUAAUUCUGCUACCAUUAUAAAUGGGAAAAAUUGUUCGGAGGUGUUAAAAUCUCUGCAGGCCAAAACUGAAUUGCCUCCAGGGUCUAUUGCAGCAUCACCAGGUGAUCAAGGGGUAUCGGUCAGCACAACUGAUAACAGUACACCUGCCGACUCUAAUCUUACCCAGCAACCUCCUGCAACUGCCCCAUCAGCCUCACAAGAAACUAAUUCCAUUACUCCGACGAGCACUGAGAACACUACCACAGAAGCACCAACCGCAACACCUUCUCCUGAACCCAAUUCAGAUAUUAACACCAACGUCGCUUCCACUGUAAAGAACAAGGGUAAUGCUGACAGCAGUCUCAAUCCUGUGUGGAUGCGCACUGCAGCACCGCUACUGAUUGUGGCUGUGUUGUUCUCCGUUACUGUGUACUGA